AAAAAAACCGAAUACCUUAAAACCGGUUUAACGAACCGGUUCCAAUGGAUCAUCUUCUGUGUGACGAGUCAUGGUUGUCGGGUCCUUCGACCCCGGAGCCUUUUCCAAACUUGCGCUUGAAUAUUCACGACGAUCACGUGGAAAUGUCUCCAGCCAUGGAUGCAGCAACGGUAGAGGAAGCCAUUUCUAUGGAUUUGGAGAAAGAAUCAUGUUUCAGUAAUCACGGAGACAAGUUUAUUGAGUUUCUUGUUUCUAAGAAUUUAACCGAUGCUAGGUUUCAAACAGUUCAAUGGCUCAUUCAGACUCGGAAUCGUUUGAAUCUAUCAUUUGAAACGAUUUUUUCCGCCGCGAGUUGUUUUGAUCGGUUCGUCUAUGCGACUAGCUGCAAUGAAUGGAGUAAGUGGAUGGUGGAGUUAGUUGCAGUAACCUCAUUAUCGAUCGCAUCAAAAUUUAACGAAGUUUCUUCCCCUUCACUUGAAGAUUUUCAAAUGGAAGGGCUAAAUCAUAUGUUUCACCAUAAGACCGUUCUUGAGAUGGAACUCAUUGUAUUGAAAGCUCUAGAAUGGCGUGUUAACUCGGUCACGAGUUUCUCUUUUUCGCAAAUACUUGUUGCUACAACCGGGAUGGGAGGAGGAGACAUAAUGAUGAAUCGUAUCACAGAUCAUUUGCUAGAUGAUUUAUGCGAUUUGAAGAUGCUAGCAUACGCACCAAGUGUAGUGGCGGUUGCGGUUGUGUUGGAUUUUUUAGAAGAGAAAGCAGCUCUAGAGGAGAAUCUUGGAAAAUUUAUGAAUCUCUUUGGAGAAGAACACAAGGUGAGAAUUGCGAAAUGUAUUAAUGUUAUGAAAUCUCGAAACGUGGAAGAGGGCUGGAGAAGAGAAGUGAAGAGUCCAGCCAGUGUGUUGCAGAGAGGAGACGUGAUGAACAUGAACAUGAACAUUGUUUAUUACGUUGAGAAUCUUUCUGCCAUUUUUCAGAUUUUACGAUCCGAUAAGAAGAGAGAAAGAGAUAGUCACGAAGACGAGAAUCGUCCUGCAAAAAGAGUGACGUUUGUUACGUCAAAUUAA